GCUUCCAGCGGCAGUGAGGAUUUUGGUGUUUACCCCAAGAGCAGAAGAACUGCUCUUCUGCCUCUCAUAAUUACCUGACUGCAUCCUCUUCUCCUCCACCCACUUGGGAGCCCCUCUGGGCAGAUUGUUCACUUUCAAAGCACACAGGCUUUGCUUGGGGGAGAGCUCAGUGAAGGAAGGAUGGACUGAUGAAUGGACAGACAGAUGGGACUGGAAAGUGACAUGGCAAAAGGAAAUUGUGUGAAUUACAUGCUGGCUCUGGGUAACCUGAACUUUACUGUCCCGCAUCACUGUUUCCCUCUAGCCAUUCCCAUCAAGUUCUCGGAAAAGCAGCAGGCUUCUCACUAUCUCUAUGUGAGGGAACACAGAGUUCGAGAAGGCACCCAGUCUACCUGGCCUCAGAAGCGUACCCUUUUUGUCCUCAACGUGCCCCCAUACUGCACAGAGGAAUGCCUGUCACGCCUCCUGUCUCCCUGUGGCCACGUCCGGUCUGUGGAGUUGCAGGAAAAGCCGGAUCUUGCCGAGAGCCCAAAAGAGCCAAAGUCAAAGUUUUUUCAGCCCAAGUCUGUUCCGGGGUUCCAGGUAGCCUAUGUGGUGUUUCAGAAGCCAGGAGGAGUGUCAGCUGCUUUGACCCUGAAGGGCCCUUUGCUGGUGUCUACAGAGAAUCACCCUGUGAAGACUGGCAUUCACAAGUGGAUCAGUGACUGUGAAGAUUCAGUGCUUGAUCCUGAGGCGCUGAGGGUCGAGGUGAACACAUUCAUGGAGGCAUACGACCAGAAGAUAGCUGAGGAGGAGACUAAAGCCAAAGAGGAGGAAGGAGUGCCUGACGAGGAGGGCUGGGUGAAGGUGACCCGUCGGGGCCGACGGCCAGUGCUGCCCCGGACAGAGGCAGCCAGCCUUCGGGUGCUGGAGAGGGAGAAAAAGAAACGUGCCCGCAAAGAGCUGCUUAACUUCUAUGCCUGGCAGCACCGCGAGACCAAGAUGGAACACCUAGCACAACUGCGUAAGAAGUUUGAGGAAGACAAGCAGAGGAUCGAGCUGAUGCGGGCCCAACGCAAAUUCCGACCCUACUGAGCCAAGCAAUGGUGCGAACAAGAGGGCCAGCGGGGCCUGUGACUGUCUGCAAUGCUGUGCUCUGGGGAGCAGGCACCAGGCCAAGGGGCCAUUGUAUCCAUCAGCCCCACUGGCCGCCUCAGGUGCCCAGCAUCCUGCCCGGCAGGAGGACUUGGCCCUCAGGAAGCAGCUCCCUCAGGAAGCCAGACUAGCCAUAUGGUCCCCCUCCCUCCGAGGAGAAGCACCACCUGGAAAGCAGUGGGAGGCAAGCAUUUUAUUUCCAUCCAGGCUGGCAGCAGGGCAGGCUCCAGAAGCCAUUCCAGCCCCUGCCUACUUCAGCCAUCUCCAGCUCAGUGUGGCCUAUGAAACAGACCCUUCUCCUCCAAAUCUACACUCUGUUCUCUUCUCGAAGUCAGAUGAUAAGGUCAGAAUCUCGUCUCCUUCCCCCAGCUCUGCCAUAGUAUUCUGUGCC